UGAUUUUUCUAUGCUCUUGAACUUUAGAUGAAAUAAGAUAUGUUUGAAAAUGUAUAAAUAAAAAAAUAAAUAAACUUUUAUUUCUUAACAAUCAUCACUAGAUAGAGCGGCUAGUGUAAAACGAACGGUUAGCGGUACAUCUUGAUUUCCUUGGCGACCGCUAUUUUAAUCGACACCAAGAAUAACGCCAAGCUGGAUUAAUUCGCAUUUAGUUUGUGGCUUCCAUAUCUGGCAGUUUAUUGCGGUCACCGUGGAAAUCCAGACAUAUUUUUAUUUCAAAAAUCGCUUUUUACUUCAAAACACUAGAGUAGCAUUUCCUUUCUUUGAUUUAAAAAUUGAUAAAAGAAAUAAAACAUACAACUUUUUCAAAAAAUACAACGAAAAAUACCUCAUCCCUAUUUUUUGGUGAAAAAAUACUACAGUAGUACUGAAAAUAUUACGUACGGCAACCUUGAGGUCUACCGGUUUUUCUCUUUAAAAAAAUGAUCAGGAAAUGAUAGUGGUAUUUGAUUAGAUAAUUUUCUAGUUAAAUUAGAAUGUAUUUUGAGUCUUCCUCAGAGGUAAAAAAGGCGAUUUUUUAAGAUCGUGUUCGCAUAGUUAAAUGAAAAAUGGUGGAGGUUACAAUCACGCUUUUAUUAAUCAUUCUUAGCUCCAUAUGCCUGAUUAUUGUAAGGUGGAUGGUCAAAAGAUAUCGCAGCCACCAAAUUUUAAAGCGAUACGGAAUUCCGGGACCCAAGCCAAAUUUCUUCGAUGGUCAUUUGUUCGAAUUAAGAAAAGAUGAUACUCCACAAAAACUUAUAGACUCAUGGUUAAAGAAAUAUGGUAAUAUAUUUGGAUACUACACUGGAGAAGUCCCAUACAUAGUUGUAAAUGAUCUGGAAAUUAUCAAAAAAAUACUGAUUAAAGACUUUUCAAUGUUCACUAAUCGCCCGAGAUUGUACAUGAACAUUCAACCUUUUGACGCAUCUCUGAUUGGAUUGUGUGAUAUGCGGUGGAAAGAAGUUCGAUCCAUUCUCUCUCCUGUAUUCAGCACCAGCAAACUGAAACUAAUGAAAAGUAUUUUUGAAAAGAAAGUGAAUACUGAUUAA